AAAUCACAGACAAAAGAAAGUGUGUGUUUGAUUAACUUAUUGCUUCAUUUUGAAAAAAAAAAAGUUUAUUUUCCUACUCAAUCCAAAUAGUUGAAGUCUCCAAGACACCGAAAAUAAUGUUCAUAACAUAAUCUUCGAGGUCUUUUAGAAUCACUUUGUCCAUAUUGUUUUAGAAGGCAAGUAGUGGAGGAGUAAGUUCCAUGGCAAGCGGCGGCACGCAACCGUACAAACCCUACCGGCACCUGAAAACCUUGACGGCACACACACGCGCCGUCUCCUGUGUCAAAUUCUCCAACGAUGGAACUCUCUUAGCUUCUGCCUCUCUCGACAAAACCCUUAUCAUCUGGGCUUCCUCUUCCCUCACUCUCCGCCACCGCCUCGUCGGCCAUUCCGAAGGCAUCUCCGAUCUCGCCUGGUCUUCCGAUUCCCAUUACAUUUGCUCCGCCUCCGACGAUCGCACUCUCCGUAUCUGGGACGCCCGUUCUCCCACCGGCGAGUGCGUCAAAACCCUACGAGGCCAUUCCGAUUUUGUAUUCUGCGUCAAUUUCAAUCCUCAAUCCAAUCUUAUCGUCUCGGGCUCCUUCGAUGAGACUAUUCGGAUUUGGGAGGUGAAGACUGGGAAGUGUCUUCAUGUUAUAAGGGCUCAUUCUAUGCCUGUUACUUCUGUUCAUUUUAAUCGUGAUGGUUCACUUAUUGUUUCUGGGAGUCAUGAUGGUUCUUGUAAGAUUUGGGAUGCUUCUACUGGGACUUGCUUGAAGACUCUUAUUGAUGAUAAAGUCCCUGCUGUUUCUUUUGCUAAGUUCUCUCCUAAUGGCAAGUUCAUACUUGUUGCUACUCUCAAUGAUACCCUUAAGCUAUGGAACUACUCAGCUGGAAAGUUUUUGAAGAUAUAUACAGGACAUGUAAAUCGAGUCCAUUGUGUUGUGUCCACAUUUUCUGUCACCAAUGGAAAAUACAUCGUUAGCGGAUCGGAGGACAAAUGUGUUUAUAUAUGGGAUCUACAGCAGAAAACUAUGAUUCAGAAACUCGAAGGUCACACCGAUGUUGUCAUUUCUGUGUCUUGCCAUCCAACUGAGAACAAAAUUGCAUCUGCAGGACUUGAUGGGGACAGAUCAGUUAGAGUUUGGGUUCAAGAUCCAUGACAUCCAUAUUUUUCAUCAUCUUUGCAUAUCUAACUUCCGAGGCAAGUUAAAGAAACAAAUCUAACAGAGAAAGUUCGUUUCCAUGUGAAUUUGAUGCUGAAUAAUGUUUUCGUCAUAUACCUGACAACAACUGGGCAUCGUUGAUCAAUUCCACUGGCAGUUGUAUAUACUAAGAACACAGGUAAAGAGUUUCAUAUUCUUAGUAUUAAUUGUAUUUGUAGAGGAAAAACAGCAAAGCUAUAAUAAAGUUGUAAUUUUAAAUCA